AUGACACCAAUAGAUGAUAUUAUCAGUGAACUAAAUGAACUAAAAAUUUCUUCGGCAAGACUUUCAGAAUUGUGUCUUCAAUUACGAGAAAAGGUGGACACUACUUGUGCGAUCACGGUGGCCGAUGAGAUCAAACUUAUCGAGUCUCUGUCAUACCACUCCAUAUCUUCACGAUUAGACAUACAGAUCAAUAAUGACGUUUUGAAAACUAUAGAUCGCUACUUCCAGCUUAGUGAAGGUAACUACGAUGGUAUUAUGUGGGGCCUUAUCUCUGCAUUGCAACCGUUACUUUUAAAAGGCAAAAGCAACUCUGGGCUCAAAGAGCAACGAAAUCCUGGCCUCAAACCCACACUUGGAUUAUCGAUGAAAGAAGACAACAUCACAAAAGCGUGGGUAAAUCAGGGUGGCUUAAAAAGUAUUCCAUUAUUCUACGUAAUUUUGUUAUAUUUAAAGAGGAAAGAUGUAUCUACGAAUCUUUCUUGGAUCAUUCCAGGAAUUAUAAACAUACUAGAUAACACCACCGAUAUAAGGAAAAUCAAACUUCGUGGUGUUUUAUUACUGAAAACGCUUUUAGACUAUACCUUUAUGAGUGAACCCGAUAACCCCAAGUGGAUACAAUUCUCUAGUACUGGUUUAUUCCCACUGUUUGAGAAAACGUUGAUUAAUAUGUGUUAUUUCCUGCCACCAUCAUAUAGUGCGGAUGAAACAGUAGCUAUAUGGCGAAUAGUUUUUCCAACAAUACUGGCGUUAUAUAAGGUAGAAUUUUUCGCCGAUUACACUAAAUACCAAUAUCAUCUAGAGAAGUUCAUGUCAGGAAUUCUUUUGCAAAACAUAAUUCCUAGGGUUAGUCUUGCACACGAAAAUUUGACCCUAUAUGCAUUGGAAACCGUAUCAAAUAUGCUCAAACUUCAAAAAGAAGGGUCUGUCGUACACCUUCAAAGGCUGAUUUUUGUUUUAGGUGAAUAUACAGUACGAAACCCUUUUUUCUCAGCCUUUCCUAAGCUAGUUUCAAAAACUCUUUCUGUGAUAACCACUCUCAUAAAGGUUUGCCCGAACGAAAGAGUUGUGGCUCACAAGUUCGACAUUUUAUCAUUGAUCCUGAUUACAUUCGACAAGUGUUCGCAGGAGAACGCAUUGAACGAAUCAAUCCUACAACAGUGCAAGGACACGAUCAAAUGGUUGCUGAGUUAUGACUGCGAUAUGGAAGAUGAGUUAUCGACAUUAUCCAAGCAACCGCGCUUUCAUUUACUCUUUCAGUUCUCAUAG